GCCAUUCCUCAUUCUCCUGCCUCGUGCGUGAUCCGAGCUAAACGAACCUUCUUUCACCACAAACCUCAUACCUCCUCCAUACAUCCUCAAGAUGCGUUUCCUCGCCGUCAUCGCUCUCAUCGCCUCAGUGGCCGUCGCCAGACCCGCCGAAAACGCCAUGUUCAACACCGAGCUCUCCUGCAUCGGACUCAACGACAGAGCCUGCAUCGGAAACCUCACCAGCGGAAUGGGCUGCUGUCCUCCCCUCUACUGCGGAGCCGAUCACCGCUGCCACUCCUACCAGUAAAUACGACGCGUGUCGACCACGUGCAAACAAACUUAAUGAAGACCUACGGGCAUGGCGAUACAUAAUGCUGAAGAGGGAAUCGGGGGAAUGAGUGGAUUGAUGCUCGGAUAAGACGAACGGAACAGAAUGGGUUAUCAAGGCAAACACCAGGAUGGUUUGCGAGUUGUACUUGUUGAAUACCACUAAUAUGUGUCAAUACUUGCAUUUGGUGCUUUAGGCACGCGGUGAAAGGAGGGUCCUUAAUGUGCAAUACAUACGUCACUUCUUCUUACUA